ACAAGUACAACUUUUUUUGUGACAAUGUCUGCAUCUGUUGAUUAAAAUUUGAAACAUAAUAAGCUUCUAAACAAGGUCAACAGUUUUCAUCAACUCGUAGUGAACGAAAAUAAUCAAAAUUAAGUGUAUAUUAUGUCCAUACUUUCCAAAAUCGUAUAUUUUAUGUGUCAUCACCAAAUAUUCAAGUACAAGUGUCCGCGAAAAUGAUCUGUACUUUGUUUUUCGCAAUCACAACGUUACAUGAACAUGGAUGACCUAAAAUGCGAAUAUGUGAAGAAAAAAAGAUGUUUGGGACUCACAAGAAGUGUAAACUGAAGUAAUUAUAAUGAUUUGCACGUCGAUUAUCGACAAUCAUUUACCUUUUCAUGCCAUCGCAUAACGAUCGGUGAAUUGCUUGGUCACAAAAGUGAAAAUGUGAUGUGUCAAACUGAUUGUUUACCUCGCGGACAGGUGAGUGGUUUGUAGAAGUGGUACGCGAGGGCGGCGGGAGGCGGGCGGCAUGUCUGAUCGAUCAAGUCCCGUGAACGGCGGUUACGAGGCCGCAAGGCUCACCGUCCGCAAGGACCUCUUCCCGGAGGUUCGUCUACCUAAGCUGGCGACUGGUGAGUCUGGUGCUGACUCCGACCAAGAAGAUGUCGAGUCAGUCUCUGGUGUCAAGCUGGAGACUGAUUUUGAACAGAGCAUAGACGAAAUAGCCAGUCAUAAAGCGCAAGUAGCUAAUGGGGCUCUGCCGUGUCCUACGCGGCCUCGCCACAGAAAGCACAAGCACCACUCCCGACAGAGUUCUCAAUCCGCAACCGUUAAUGGUUGUCUUCCUCCAAAAAGUAAAAGGAGAAAAGACUCAUCAAAAGAUUCAUCAUAUAGAACGCAUUCUAAACAUAGUGUUGUGUCACAAGUGAAAGGUGGUAAAAACUUGAAUUUAGUGAGUAGUAGUGAGUGUCAGGAGGAUGAAGACGACAAUGAGGAAGUGCAGGAGGAGGAGGAGGAGGAAGAAGAAGAAGUGGAAGAUGAAGAUGAAGCCGAAGAAAGUGAAAGUUCAGAUGAUGAACAGCUCAAGCGCAAUUCAAAGUUACCGUUAAAUACAAUGCCACGGCAAAGUGGCAAACCAUACAGUCAUGAACUUAGUCAAUUAUCAACAAAAAAGAGUAAAAAGGACUCUCGAGAGCAUAGAACUCAUGCAGUUAUACCGUGUAGUGGCAAGCCAAGGUCUAUGUUGGACAUUCGCAGUUCGCGUAGUAAAAAGAAAUCCAAGAAGUCUGAGUGCACACCCACAUAUCGAAGCCAGAUAGUGGAUACUAACUCUAUGAAGAUUAAGAUUAGGAGGACAAGUGUUCAUGAAACUGUAACGCCAACGCCAACCUCGGUUGCCGAUAUUGGUCAAAGGAAGUCUAAGAAGAAGCGGGCGGCGUCGCCGGCUAGCGUGAGCUCUGGUGAGGAGUACGACCCGUCACGCGGGGACACUGCCGCCGCCAUGAGCGUCGCCGCGCCCAAGCCGCGCCACCCGCGACCUAAGACUCCUAAGCCUAAGAAAUCAACCAGUUCUAAAAGUAAGCAAAAGAAAAGUGAAAAGACUGAAAGAACUAGGAUUAGUGGAGCUGAAAGUAAAGAUACUGGACCACAAAGUCCUUGGGGACAUUCUAUGCCUAAGGAAAUUCUAUUAAAGAUAUUUGAAUAUGUUGUGGCCUCUCAGGGCACAUUGCCUUCUGUGAUCAGAAUUGGUAGAGUAUGUAGGUUAUGGCACAGUGUAAGCUGCAGACCAGAAUUGUGGAAGAAUGUAGACCUUGCGCAAUACACUAGUGAAAAAUGUAAAACGGAUUAUAAACUCGUGUGGCUCCUGGAAAACCGGUUGUCACAAUGUCAAAGCUUAAAUAUUGCUCAGUGGAAAGUGAGUAACGUGUCGUGGGUGCUGGCUUGCGUGGCGGACUACUGUCCUCAGCUGGUGGAGCUCAGCGUGGCCGGCUGGAGCCGCAUCACGUCCGAACAGCUGUUCGACCUCAUGCAGGCUCUGCCUAAGCUGCAGAGGAUCGAUUUGUCGCUCACGUCUGAAACGGGCGGUUCUAGUACGUGCAUGUCAGCUGCCUCCAUGACGCGCAUUACGGAGAACUUUGGCGCAAGACUCACGCAUCUCAUGCUGGCUAACAACAAGUUCAUAGCAAUGCCGCAGAUACUGCAGUCAAUAGCGACAUACUGCAGCAACUUAGAAGUGCUAGAUAUCUCGGGGACGCUGGCGGCGUCGCACCCGGCCGCCGUGCCUUUAGAGGCGCUGCAGAAGGGCUGUCCCAAGAUGCGAGUGUUCCGCGCCGCUAACUCACAGCUGGUGCUUGCUAAUGCUACUACUUCGCAACAGAUGGAAUGCAAAGGCUGGCCUCUUCUCGAGGAGCUAUCAAUAGCAGGCGAGGCGGCGACGGAGCGGGUCGGCGUCGGCGAGUACCGGCUCGGCGACGACGCGCUGGCCAGGCUCGUGCGCGGCGCCACGCGGCUGCGGCUGCUCGACCUCCGCGGCUUACAGCGGCUUACUGACUCCGGCCUCGUUAGGGUGCCGGCGUGGGACCUGCAACAUCUGUUUCUUGGAGGCUGCAACGUGACGCGGCAAAGCAGCGCGUGCCUGGAGCUGAUCUGCGAGAAGUGGUCGCACAGCCUGCUGGAGCUCGACCUGUCGUGGGCCUCCGCCGCGCGCGUGCUCGACGACGCCGUCUCCGCGCUCGCCGACUCGCCCGACAGCAAGCUCAGAAUACUAAACUUAUGUGGCUCUUCGGUGUCCUUGGAACCAAUUAAGAAAGUCCUUCUAAAGUGCCCACAUAUUGAGUCUAUAAACCUGAGUUCUUGUCGCGCUCUUCCUAGGGGAAUGAAACGCUUGUACACGGGGAAAGAAAUACAAGACCUUAAAGAUAGCUUAGAUCCAGAAAAAAUUAAAGCCAAAGAAAAUCAAAAAGACGAGGAAAGUGUCAAGACUAAAAAAGGUGUUAAAAAGUCUGCAGCUGAUUCCAAGUCAGAAUCAAUAAAACAAGAACCUUCCGCAGACGUAUCCGAUAAAUCGGAUACCAAAACAGAGUCUUCUUCAUCUAAAGGCACUAUCUCGUCGCCCGUAUUUCAAGAACCGAAAAGCUUUUCAGAAUCACCUUCUACCGCAGCUUCUAAGAAGACGCCGAUAAGAUCACCAGAUAGUAAAACACUUGAAAGGAAAUCUGGUAAAGAGGGCAAGGAAAUGAUAGCCUUAGUACCUGAAGGGAAAAGAUCCUCAAGAGGGUCCACUCCGAAACUACUCAGUCCUGCUACACAGUCAAAACCAGAUUCCUCUUCCACGCCCAGAUCGGAUCCUUCCAAAGAUCUUGGAAGUCCCCACUUCAGUCCAGUACCAAAACCAGACAGUCAAGUACAAAAUAGUCCAGAAGUCCAGACAGAAUUGUUAAAUCAAAGUAUAAAGACUAACUCUUGGAAUCUUGGACAGUUUAAAACCACACCCACUCACAAGUCUGAAGCCAGUCCUUUAAGUAGGUUAGAAAGUCACACUAAAUUAAAACAUGGUAAAGUUAUAGAGCAAUGCAGUCCAACAACUUCUCACGAUAAUAAACCUAGUCCUGAAACCCAUAGUAUGAAACAAGAAAGCAUGAAGAAUCCUAAUAACUGGAACUAUGCUAUUAAUAGCCCGAUGCCCCGACAAGAUGGUCAAUUCUCUCAAAGAAGUCCUUAUUCCGCUCAACCGAGUCCUGCUCAACCCAGCCCUUAUUCCACACAGCCUAGUCCGUAUUCGACACAGCCGAGCCCUUACUCCUCACAGCCUAGUCCCUAUUCAGCUCAACCCAGCCCAGACACAAGUCAAAUUGUUAAACCCGAAUUACAGAAGACAAGUGCUUGGAACACCGGUAACUACAGUCCUAUGCCCAAACAUCACCCACCAUUUUCUCCUCAUCCAUCAACCCAUGCUAGUCCAGACCCAGGUAUAGGCUUAAAAAGUGAAAACCUUAGAAGUAAUCCUAAUAAAACUCCAGGACAAUAUAGUCCAAUGUCACGACAAGAUCGCAUUCACCAGAGCCCUUAUUCUCCCAGACCAAGUGUAGAUGUGAGUUAUAGUAACAAGAAAAGUCCUGGAGUCGGUAACUACAGCCCAAUGAUGCGCCCAGAUUGUCACUUACCUAGCCCAGACAGAGGUUCAACCACCAGACCUACGAUGGGAAGCAGACAACAAGACAUCUAUGGAAGAACUGUAAAUAAAACCCUCGAUAUGAUGCACAGUAGUGCACCGCAACCGGAAAUACCCAACUCUUGGGGAAUAGACAGAUUUAAUAAUCAGCUAAGUAACGCCGCAAGCGCGAGCAUCGAUUCGCUAGUGUGGGGAGCGUCGGCGUUCAACACGGAGCCGGCUCCGCUGCCUCCUCGAGUGGACAACAUUCCCGCCAUGCUCAACACGCCGUCGCCACAGACGUGGCCCGGUUUACCAUCGUUCGAUACUAGUGUUUCAAGACCUAAUGACGAUUUAAGUGAUCCGUGGACUUUUGGUCAAUUCCGUGAGCAGCCUCACCAUGUGCACAACACGUUCGUAGAUCAGAACAGUUUCGAUUUGAGUAGUCACCUGGGCCACCAGGCGCACUCCUUGCAGAACUAUUUAGACGACAAUUUUCCAGAGACGUCUCGCGUAGAAUGACACUCCGACCCGCCUUCGGCUUAGUUACUCGAAUGAAACUGUAUGUUGUUAUGGACAAAAUAUAUUAUAUGAUAAAUUCCUUCUUUGGAGGGGUAUAGGGUGAUGUUGUAUUUAAUAAUGAUUGAACAAUUAAAUGAUAGACAUUGUAAAUAAGAUUUAUUUAGUUAGAAUUAAGAGUAAUGAAGCUAGGAAUGCAUUAAUGUUAUUUUGCAGCCGAUAGUUUAUGAAAUUAUAUAAAAUAUUAUAAGAAAAUUAUAAUUAUUAAGGAUAGUAAAAUUCAUCCAUCGACUUAGAUAUUGUUGGAUUAUACUCAUGAGUUAGGUUUUAAAAUGAGUCUUUAUUUUAAAUGCCAAAACCUGUUUUCACUGAGGCCAAAAUUAAUUUAUUUCUAUCCAAUUUUAUAUUUUCGUAUGUUAAAUGAAAUGAGUUUAAUAGUUUUCAGCAAACAUGUGCAUUUUUGUUCCAUUCUAAAAGCGGUCACUUUUUUAUAAAAUCUUUUAUCAAACUUUCGAUUAAAUCAUUGCAAUAGAAAACAUUCCGUUUUGUACUGACUUUGAAAUUGUAUCACCCUUUCAAUCUAAAAUUGCCUGCCCCCCUCAACCUAUUUAUUUGCGUUGUUAGAUAUUUUAGAUAUUGUUGUGUUAACAGUGAAUGGAAAGUUUUAUUGUUGACAUGCUUUAGUAUAGGCCAUAAACGUAGGUAUAAAGUUUACAUACUUUGUUUUGUAACUCAAAUAAAUAAAGAGGGAAUACCACGAUGGGUGUCUAAUUGCGUUAGAUGUAACACAUGAUUCUGAAAAAGUAGUUGACUAGUAGCAUGUCAUUAUUAUAUAUUAAAUGUUUGUACAGUGUUGUUACAACUUUGCAAGCUGUGUUCCAUAAAUAAUCGUAAGUUUCUGAGAGCCUUUUCAUUACAAAACAGUCUCAUGUCACAGGGAUAAGAUUGGUGUUGGUAGUUAUUUGAAUCAUACAAUCACUAAGUAGUUCUAAACGGAAAAUUGAUCAGGCUCCUAGCACCAGAGAUGAGAUGGUAACACACAAUUGAUUUGUUCGUUAUAGGUAUUGGUUAUGAAAUUUUAUCAAAAACACAUGAAGUAUUUGCUCUUUUAAUAACACAAUUAAUGUUUAAGUUGGUGCAGCUAAUUAUGCAAGCUAUUUUAUAAGAUAAACAGCUACAUUAAAUUAUAUACAUAUGUUACAGAUUUUUGCCUACUAGUGCUAGAUUUCUGAAAGCCUGAUCAAUACUGACAAGUAACAACCCUAGCAGAGUUCAACUUGAAUAGUGUAUCAAUGUUAAAAAACUUACUAUUGACACCUAUUAAAUAUUUUAAUGGUCUAAUCAUUUCCAAUUUGCAUAUAUUAUUUUGUUACAUAGAUAAUGAUCCAAAUUUAUCUGAUGCGAUGCAUGAUACAAAUACCUACUACAGCCAAACGUGACAUUGGGUAUCAAAAAAAGUGAGUGGCUUUCAGAAACUGAUCAAUCAUGUGCUUUUAACUGAAGUGUCAUUCAAAACAGUAGGUUUCUUGUAUUCUAGCUUUAGUUCAACAGUUUCAUAUCUAUGUUUAGACAGUCAUUACAUAAACCUGAGUGCUGCCUUUUCGAUAAACGUCUAAAUACACUCAUAAAGCAAUUGUUGAAAGUAAGAUUACAUUUAUUAAAAGAAAUGCAAUACAAUCAAAAUAGAUAAUAAGUUUUACAUUUCAUUAGUAGCACUUUCACCUUCAUUGUUCUAGCUUGACAGUUACCUUUAUCGAAAAGGCUUAAAACAUAAAUAAAACCCAAUCUUGUUUUUUUUUUUUUUAAAGCACUUAACCAACUCAAGUGCGUGCGUGUUCUAUUUAUCAUUAUUACUUUUUGUUGCAUUUUAAACUUAUGAAAUUGUCUAACCUGGUAAUUUAAAUCAUGCCAUAAAUCGUAACACCAGAUUCACAAUAAUGGUCUUUGUGAUUUUUUUAUCUUACUUUUCAUCGAAGUAUUAUACAUAUUUCAAUUUUAUAAAAUAUCCAUGUCCAAAAAGGUUUUGUUAAUGUAACGAAUAUGGAUCUAGAGUUGCAGUAUUGACUAAUUGGAAUAAGAAUCUCAAAAGACACAGCUAUUAGAACAUUCAAUAUCAAAACAUUUUGAAUUGAGUAGAUACAACCACGAUCUUACCUACUAUAACUGUAGAUCCACUGUCAUAUAUUCCUUUUUCGAUAUUUUGAUUGUGCUUGACUUUGUAACAUCAUUUUAUAUUUUUAUACUUUUUAUUAGUAAAGUUAGAUUUUGAUAGAAAGAGAAAUCUAAAUAUCAAACCUAAAUAUUUAUUUAAAAUUAAAGCCAAGUACAAAGUGCUUUUUUUAUAAAUGAUAUAUAUAAUAUUGCAUAGGUACAUACUUCGUGUUGUAUUUAAAGAGACCGUUAAAACCACCAAAUAUUGUUUCCAAUACCUACAUUAGCCUUAUAAAUGCCUAACUUUUAACUGAAGAGAUAUUUUAUAGUUUUAUUAACUUAUUAAAAAAUGAAAAAUUAUUAUCUUCUAUACAUAGAAUGUAUAAAUAUAAUAUUAGGUAAAUAUUAUGUUAAAUAAUCGUGUACUAUAGUAUGUAUAAAAUAAAGUUGACUAAUAUCUGUAAGUUCUGUUAUGUAGAGAUUUUUUGUUUGUAAUAUUGUUACACUACUGCGCGGACUUCUUACAGGUGGUCCAAUUUUUAUAAUCUAACCAAUAAAAUAUCGAUGUGGUUGUACAUUUACAUUUUGAAUAGAAUGUACUCUAUUUAUUAAACUUCUUUUGUUGAGAAACAUCA